AUGUCACAAUAUGAUUCUCGCAGCAAUGUCGCGGACCUGGUGGGGAACACCCCUAUGGUUGAGUUGACCAAGUUGCCACAAGCUCUAGGUGUCAAACCAAGAGUUUUUGCCAAGUUGGAAUUUUACAAUCCCGGAGGUUCUAUCAAAGAUAGAAUCGCCAAAUCGAUGAUCGAAUAUGCGGAAUCGAAGGGGGAAAUCCAUCCCUCAAGAACCACGCUUAUCGAACCAACUUCUGGUAACACAGGUAUUGGUCUGGCUCUAAUGGGUGCCGUGAAAGGCUACCGUACGAUUAUUACGCUACCUGAGAAGAUGUCGAACGAGAAAGUAUCUGUAUUGAAGGCGCUGGGUGCUGAGAUUGUUAGAACUCCAACUGCUGCUGCGUGGGAUUCCCCAGAGUCCCACAUUGGUGUCGCUAAAAAACUCGAGAAAGAAAUUCCAGGCGCAGUGAUUUUGGACCAAUACAACAACAUUAGAAACCCUGAAGCUCACUACUACGGUACGGGUCGUGAAAUCAAGGAACAACUUGACAACUACAAGCUGUUCGACAAAUUGCAGGCGGUUUUUGCAGGUGCUGGUACCGGUGGUACAAUCAGUGGCAUUGCCAAAUUUUUGAAGGAACAAAACUCUGACAUUAAAAUCGUCGGUGCUGAUCCCGUCGGGUCCAUUUUGGCACAACCAGAAUCCUUGAACGAGACAGACUCGAACGAGUAUAAAGUUGAAGGUAUUGGCUACGAUUUUGUACCAAGCGUUUUGGACCGCUCUUUGGUCGACGAGUGGAUCAAGACCGACGACCACGACUCCUUCAAAUAUGCCAGACAGUUGAUUGCUAAUGAGGGCGUUCUUAUUGGUGGUUCUAGUGGUAGUUCCUUUUCCGCUUUGAUGGAAUAUUGUGCUGCUCACCCAGAACUCACCAAGAAUGACGUCGUGGUGGUUAUCUUCCCAGACUCUAUCAGAUCUUAUUUGACCAAGUUUGUUGAUGAUGAAUGGUUGAAGAAGAAUGGGCUUUGGGAUGAAGCGAUUGGCGCGCCUCUCAAGGGUCAGAAAAAGGAUAUUUUCAACGGGGCUACUGUCAAAGACUUACACCUCAAACCUGUUGUAUCUGUCCGUGAGAAUGCUUCAAUUUCGGAAGUUGUCAAGAUUCUUACGGACAACGGUUUUGACCAAUUGCCGGUUCUUACUGAAGAGGGUAAACUUCGUGGUCUCGUCACACUUUCGCAACUAUUGAAAAAGCUUUCUUCUGGAGACGAUGCCAAGACUAUUGACUCUCUCUUCUUCGAUUUCAGAAAGCUUAACAAUUUUAACGACGUUUCGUCGUACAAUGACAAUAAGUCUGGUAAGAAGAAGUUCGUCGAAUUCACUUUAAACACUCCAUUGGCAGAUCUCAACCAAUUUUUCGAAAAGAAUUCCUCUGCCGUUAUCACGGAAGGUUUGAAACCUCUCCAUAUCGUGACGAAAAUGGAUUUGUUGAGCUAUUUGGCUUGA